AUGGCCUGCAACACACCAUGCCGCUGCAUUCUCGCGAUUUUGAAUGCUGCUACACUUAUCAUUGGGAUUGCCGUAGUCAUCCUGGGUGCACUUAUGACAUGGAGUCCAGGGAUGAUACAUCACAUGCUCCGCAACCUACUUACUCCGUUUCUACAAACCAUCGCAAAGGGGGACGAUGCUGGGCAGAUUUCUCAGUUAAUAAGCCGUAUAAUGAUAACAACAUCACCCCUUGGAUUGGUAGUCUUCUCGGUGGGAUGCUGUGUCACCGUUCUGUCCAUGUUUGGCCUUUGCGGUGCAUGUUGCAAAGCGAAAUGCCUACUAAAAUUGUAUGCUGCGAUUGUCGGAAUAGUUGCCGUCGCUGUAAUCAUGAUUGUAAUAAUUUACUUUGCAACGAAAAUGAAACUUGGAGAAUAUUUUGGACAGCUCUUCUCGGACAGUGUGCGUCGAUACCAGUCCAUUGAAGCAAAUACGGCGGAUAGCCUUUUGAUUGGAUUACUUCAACCACAGAGAUGCAUGCACGAUCAAGUACGAACUUUAUACUUCCUAUGUAUUACACAUCAGCUGCAAUGCUGCGGGUUCGACAACUCCACAGACUUCAUAAACAUGAUAAAAAUGGACAAGUAUGACGGAAACCAAUAUGAUAAUUUAUCUUAUCCGAUUCCCUGCUGCAAAAUGGAUUCAUUGUAUAAAAUAACGGGAAAAAAUUGUCCCAACGAGUUUAACAUUGAGAACAGUAACAUUGGAAUAGGCUGCCAUGAACCACUAAAGGCAGCUUUCCUGAAGUAUUUGGAUUACGUUGCCUACGCUUUCAUUGCAUUGUUCGCGGUUCUGGUGCUUCUGAUUUCGCUCGCGGUUUCGGCAAUGCGCAGUGACAACAAGUGAGCCUCUGUGAUGUCAACGACCGCAGUGCAGCAGUGUUUGUUGCACAAGCGAUGCGCCAAUUCACUUCCUAUUGUCCAAUAAACGUGCAUUCAGAC